UUACUUUCCAACAAUGACAGGCAAUAGCUCUUUCUCUUUUUUGUGUCCACUCUACACACACACACACACAUAUAUAAAUACAUAUAUGCACACACACGCGGAUGCUUUAGCACAUAGAAGCAAUUGUAAGCUUUCAUUUCAAGUCCAGCGAUUCUCUUUAUAGUGAAAAGUUAACAUGGCUGACAAUGGUGGAGAAGCAAGCGGAAACAACUCUGGGUUUCCUCGCGUAGCCCUCAAUAAAAGGAUUCUUUCUUCAAUGUCACGGAGAUCUGUUGCUGCUCAUCCCUGGCAUGACUUGGAGAUUGGACCAGGUGCUCCAGCUGUUUUCAACUGUGUGGUUGAAAUUAGCAAAGGUGGCAAGGUUAAGUAUGAGCUUGACAAGAUAAGCGGUCUUAUAAAGGUUGAUCGUGUUCUCUACUCAUCUGUUGUUUACCCACACAACUAUGGUUUCAUCCCCCGAACUAUCUGUGAGGACAGUGAUCCUAUGGAUGUCCUGGUACUGAUGCAGGAGCCUGUGCUACCUGGUACUUUCCUUCGCGCUCGUGCCAUUGGUUUAAUGCCCAUGAUUGACCAGGGUGAAAAGGAUGACAAGAUUAUAGCAGUAUGUGCUGAUGAUCCAGAGUUCCGCCAUAUCACAGACAUCAAAGAUCUUCCUCCGCAUCGUCUGGCUGAGAUCCGCCGCUUUUUUGAGGACUAUAAAAAGAACGAGAACAAGAAAGUCGAUGUGGAAGACUUCUUGCCUUCUGAGGCUGCCAUAGAUGCCAUCAAGUAUUCCAUGGAUCUGUAUGCAUCUUACAUCGUUGAAAGCUUGAGGCGAUGACUCCAUUUGGAUUUAAGUUGGUGAAAUAUUUGAUGGCUUUGACCAUUUAAUGUUAUAGUGCUGAGGCUCGAUUUCUUGCUACAUGCCCAUUUGCAGAACUUCUAAUACUAAUACUUGCAUGUCCAAUAAGCAUGUGCUUUAGCCAUGCUCAUGUUCAACAUAUACUUUCAUAUGCUUGUUCCAAUUUCUUUGAAGAAACUUCAUUUCAACUGGAAA